UUUCAGAUUUCGCGCCGUUUUUCCGAGUUUCUGUGUCGUCUUCCUCAUCAGUCAUCAGAGCUUCGUGUUUUCGUUUUUCAUCUCAAAGCAGCGGAAUCAAGAAUCGGAAGGCGUAGGAAGAUGCAGAUUAAGGUGAAAUGUAACUGUGGCGAAACCAAAUGCUUGGAAUGGGCCGUCGUUGAGUUGCAAGGCAUAGUUGAAGCUCAACCCUCCUUCGAAGAUCGCCUUCAAACCCUCGAAAUCGGCGUUCUAUGUCGGCCUUCCGCUCAGGAAGUGUAUACUUUUACAGUAGGGUACCAUGAGCUGACAGGAAGCAAAGUGCCACUGAAGAAGCCAUUGUUGGUGUUGAAGAAAAAGAAGUGCGUGGAUGAGGAUCAGAGUGGCGAUACCAAAUCAGCUACUGCAGAGUUGGAAGUCAUUGGGAUAAUCAGGCAGCGGAUUCUGUUUAAGACCAGACCAAAGGCCCUCAUAUCCAAACCACAACCAUCGGUGAAGGAAAGAUCCCGCGCUUCAGGAUCUGCAGUGACAGGCCAAGCAACAUGAACUCUAUCUGUGAAGGUGAAAUCCAUCCAUAUCUUUUCUGGGUGAUGAAGAUAUCAUGGAUCAGAGGUCGAUAUCAAAAUUAUGAAGAUUAUGAAGAUGGAAAGACCAGUUGGGUAACAUUAUUGUUCUUUGAUGCCUAUAUAAUCUCAGGUACAAUUAUUGUUCGUGCUGUCUACAUCCAUGUUUGUAAUCAAAUGAAAUUAAGGGGUCGACCUAAAAAACAUCACAUGUUGAUAGAACAGGCAUGAAUAAAAGGUUAAUAUCAUGAGCAUUAAGAUGGAA